CGCCCUCACUGUCACUUGGAUGGGUACGCUUUCCUAAAAAAAAAUUGGAUCGGCACGCGACCUCCUCACCCUACCUCCGGGCGGCGGCGACGACGACGGAGCUAGGAACCGGCGGCCGCGGCGGCGACCGAAACUCCUCUCGUCCGAACGGCGGGUGUGCCCAUCCUCCCGUUAGGGCGCCGAGAUGUUUGCGACGGCGGCGCGGUGGGCGGCGAAGAAGGGGAAGCCCAAGAUGGCGCCGAUCGAGCUCACGACGGCGCCGGAGCAGGCGCAGUCCAUCACCCGCACCAUCUUCGACGUCGUCAAGGAGCACGGCCCCCUCACCAUUUCCGACGUUUGGGAGCACGUCAAGGACGUUGGGCUGAGGGGUUUGACAAGCAAGAGGCAGAUGAAGAUCAUGCUGCGGUGGAUGAGGGAGAAGCAGAAGCUCAGGCUCAUCUGCGACCAUGACGGACCUCACAAACAGUUCCUCUACACGACAUGGUUCACCAACCCCAAGAAUGCGCCGCAGAGGCCCAAGAGGGAGCUCAACAGGGAGAAUCCCAAGCCAUGACCGUGCUCAUGUUGACCAAUGAAUGGCACUGUCUUUGACAAGAGUACUGAAGCCUGGAGUUAUUCCAAGAGAUGCAGCAGCUCAGUUGGUUUGGUGUCAGAAGCAUUGGGGUUGAUGCAGCCAAGGUAAAGAAGGGCGGAAAAGGUGGCGUGGGUGAUGCUAAAACCUCUUGUGCUCAGCAAAGAAAUGAAGUGUACAACUCCGUUUGGGCCAAUAUCCUGGAGGAGGGUUCCAAUGCAGAUUCUGAGUGCCCUGGCUGGCAGUGGGACCUGGUUGGGAAGCAUCCCCUACUGAGCGAGCUUUGGGGGAAAGAUGCCAAGGCACAGCCUUGUGAAGACCUGAGGUGUUUCGUCAAGUUGGACAACUAGGAUCGUCUUAAGGGAAAGAAGCUCUCACCUGCUAAGAACUAACUGGUCAGGACAGUCUCGUCUCAUCAUCAUGUCUCUUUUUCUUACGAGAUUUAUUGUUAUUAGUGCACGCACAUACUGGUUAUUUUUGAUUGGUAAUGAUGUAGUGACUCAGAGUAUUGAAGUUGCUUGGCUGCCUGAGUACAGCGAAUUUUAGCCUAGGCCACCAUUGUUGUUUCUCAGGCAGUAGCUUGUGUAUCUUACAGCAAAUGAUGUAGCAUGUUUCCUAUGUUCC